UGGCUGUUGUUUGUCAUUAGCUAUCUUAUGGAACUAGUGCAUUUAAAGAGAAAAGAUCCUUCAAAUAUAGCCCGCUCAAUCAAAUUGAGAUGAAAAUAUAUUGAAAAUCCUUUCGCGUAGUGAAACAUGUGUGAUGCAUGCUCCGACUUUUUACAGCUUCUUGUUAAUUAUGAAAACCAGGUCUGUCGAGAAACCACUGACCAGCCUAAUUUAUCACAGCAUGAUGUCGAUACAAUCUUUGUAUAUGUUCAGACUUGGCCUACAAGGCAAUGUAUGUGCUGCUAUCGAGAAGCAAAAAAUUUGGAGAGGUUCAGUUAUAUCACUCAAAGCCUCAUUUACAUGGCAACAACCCAACUGAAGGCUCUAGCGGAGAAAGGCAAAGAUCAGCAAGCGAUCGAAGAGAAAAAUGAGGAGAAAGAUAAACAAGAGAAGAGUUCUGAUGCUAAACAAGAUGAUAACGAAGUAUUUGAAAGGGAUAAAUUGUUACUUUUAGUAUCUAAGAUUUUCCUAUUGAAUUUUCCACUUUACGUAGCAUAUAAGCAUACUAUUCAGGCUAAAUUGGAUGAAUUGACCCAACAAGAGAUGCAGAGCUUGAACAUAUUCUGUGAUCUGCAUGAUUCAGAAAUUCCGAUAUAUCUGUUGAAAAAUGUCAGUUGGUUCUGCAAAAUGGGAGGUUUGCUGGCGAUGACUACCUGUUUCACGCAAUUGUCACCUGAGCUGUUGCCUGUUUCCACUGCCCAUGCUAUGCUGUCUAUAGUUUGUAAUCUAAAGUUAUGGAUGAAUUAUAAGAGCAUGGUAUCGAUGUUGGUACCACUGAGAUCAUGUGUAUUGAGGUACAUGUGCAAACUGUCUGACCAGGACCUGAGGACACCUACUAUAAAAAGCAUGGCAGAUUUCAUGUGGAAUGCGAUCAAGGACCCCCUGGAUCCUCCGGCGGCCGCGUUUGAUGCGGACGGUCUAGAUUUGGCGUUCAAGUAUUUCACCUCGUCUACAUUGACCAUGCGUCUGGCAGGCAUAGCGCAGAUCAACAGCCAAAUUGGGGCGCUGGCUGACGCGUGCGUCGGCGAAGCUGCGGCGGCGGCAGCUGCCGCAGCAGCAGCCGGUGCUGGUGGAGCUAUAAGCGGACUAGCUGCGCUAGGAGGGAGUCCGGGUCAGACGGCAGAGGCUGGAGGAGGAGCCCCGGGCAGAAUGGCUGAUUGGCUCAUACAAAACGGCAUCAUCUCGCACAUAUUCGGACCGAAUCUCCACGUCGAGGUGAUAAAACAAAGCCACAUCAUCCUGAAUUUCCUGGCGAUGGAAGGCAGAAUCACAUGCGAGCACAUGGACGUAAUCUGGUCCGCAGCUCAGUUGAAGCACUGUUCGAAACCCGUCCACGAUUUGCUGCCCGGACUGGUGAAACACCUUGCGGCCGCACCGACUCUCCACCUCUAUAACUUACUCACCAAACUCGAACCCAAGGAACACACCGAACAAACGUUAUACUUAGUUUCUGCCUUGAUCAAAGCGAUAUGGUCACGAGGCUGUGGCGCACCCGGCAUCGGAAUCAUCAACGUGGCUGCAGCGAACGCGGGCAUCGUUCUGCAUAAGUGUACGACGUCUUCGGAGAAUAGCGUCAGUUUGGAUCCCAGUAACUCGGAAGAAGAGCACGGUGAAAGUUCUGCGCAAUCGGAGAGUCACAAGAGCGACAGCGAAGACGUAGAAGCUGUCGAAAUUUUCGAGGAUGAAGGUGGACACGCCGUAGCGGAUAAUAACGGACCUCCGCCCUGUAAAUUGCCGCGGAAGCAGGAUAUCAGCGGCGACGGCAGCAGCACAGACACGGAAAUCGAUGGUAUUCCCCCAAAACCCUCAAACUACAAAGCGAUCCAGAAAGCGAAUAGAAGGGCGCAAGUAAAAAAGAAGCUGUUGGCCAGUUUGAACGUUUUGCCGGAGGGCGUCGAAGCUAUAGCUUCUAGCACCUCACAGGAUGAGGCCGAUACUGAAGACACAUCCGUGAAGCUAAAGAAAAGGCGAAAAUUGCUUAGGAAAACUAGGAUUGUUAAAAGGCAGAAAGCGAACCCUAGGAAAGCUAGACUAGCAGCGAUAGGUUCCCUUAGCGAAGUGGACGUAGACAGUGAUCACGAGGAUAAAAAUCCUUUGAAACCUGACGUCCUCGUGAUACCAUCUCAGAUCAAUCCUUUAGUCCAUGUCGAGCUAGCCAAGGAUCAUGAUAACAGUUGUACGAAUUUUUUGACCUUGCAUGCUAGAAGUGGACACAUUUUGGAAAUGCUGAGCGGUGAAGAAGCGGAAGUUGAGGCUGACGGCGAGGGCAGUUACUCUUCAAGGAUGAGUAACAAAUCGGAGAAAAACAUGGCGGACUUUGACGGAGAAGACUCCGUUUGCGAAGAGGAGUUAGCCAGGUUGACGGAUCGCGCGAACAUGAACUUGCACGUACUCGCUCAUUCUCCAGAAAAAUCUCCGAUGAGAGUGGAUCCCAGGCUGUCAGCCUGUUUUAAGGCUGAUAACGUGUGUCUACCCGGCAAUACACUUUUAUGGGAUCUUUUGCAGGACGAUAAGAUCUGUCAUUUAGGUGAAGGCUUAGCUGUAGAAGCCGAAAAAACGCUGUGCAAUUUGAUUUGUUAUACUCCGGAUAAAGAAAUUAGGAUGAAAUUUAUUGAGGGAUGUCUGAAUAACUUGGCGAACAAUGUCUCGGUGAUAGUGUCGUUGCGCAUGUUGCCGAAGCUGCUGAGUUCGUUCCGCGGUUUGGACAUUCACCACGUGACCCAAUGGGCGGAACGUCAACACCACAUGACCACGCAUUUCUUCAACAAUCUCAAAACGUACACUGCCGACCCCAGCAAAGCCUUGCCUUUAUACACGCACCAGCAGCAGGUUCAAGUUCGCCUGCAUUUUUUGUCCGCCAUUUUCUCGCCGGUCGUCUCGCCCAACAACUUCAAGCUCAGCACAGAUCAAGUGGACACGUUAUGGGACUGCCUCGCGCACGAUUCCGAAUGUUCAGACGAACUGUUCAGCUGGCUCCUUUCGCAAACGAAACCUGCCGAACCGCACGCUUUGAGGCUGGACGCUUUGCGGAGGCUGUACGUGAGGCAUCUGCCCAGUUUGGCGCCGGAGAAAUUCACCAUGGUCGGUCUGUCUCUCUUUCAGCAGCUGUGCGGGCUGGACAAACUGCUGACGGACGGUAAAGAAGGCGAGGGCAAAAACGUGGGCAUGGAUCACAUGUGGAAGAUCGCUCUCAAGGCCUGCAACACUGAUGUAAGCAUGGCCGCGAUACAGUACAUCAACAGUUUCUAUAUGGGUCAGAAUCUCCAACACGAAAAUGAGUUUGUUUGUCAGUGUAUGACGCACUUGAAAGCAGCCUCGGAAGAUCUAACGUCGAAUAAUGGAAAGGAAGAAGCUUCGUUGUUGUGUAUUCAAAGAGCGUUGCUGCUGAUGAAGACUCACAUAGAAACUUUCAGGAGAAGGUACGCGUAUCAUCUGCGAAAGUGGGCGCUAGAGGGCAAAGGAAUCGGCAGUCAUUCUGCAACGUUGGGCGACAGAUCAACCACUCCUAUUAGGUUAAUAAUACAAUCUGGUACAUCUACGGAAAGAUGCUACCUGGAUCUGUUAAGUACGGAUUACAUCGCCGAUUUACGAGCGGAGAUCGUCAAGUGGUGUGAAGGACUGCAACAGGGUAAAAACGACGAUGAGAGCCGAGCACUAGCAACAACGAAAGGUGGUGAUAUUUGGAUACGAAUCAUCACUCAGGGGCAGGAAAUUACUAUUGACUGCGAUGAGAAGACGCUAGGUGAAAUGGGCUUCAAGGAUAAUCAGAUGAUCUAUAUAUCAGCGGGCAUGUCCAGAAGUGCAGCGAAGCGAAGAGAAUGUGCCGAUGCGCCGUCUUUACAACCAGCGCCACCUAGGGAUUCUCUACCUACAUUGUUGCUUCUCAGGCCAAACUAUUUCGAACAACUGUUUUCUCUCAUGCACGGGCUUAGCUCGAUGAAAAUACAGAUCAAAGGCGGGCGACUCUUACCUCAUACGAAGGCCCAAGUCCUCAGUCGCAGAGUUUGGGAUAUCCUCUCUCUGCUGCCUACGAGUCCGAAGCUUUUGCAAGGUUUUCGACAUCUGGACGUCCCCCUCUCGGAGCUGUUGGACCCUUCCAGUGCCCAGAAACUCAUGUACUCGCUGUACAUAGUGGAAUCGUUGAGCGUGAAAUCCAGCAGCCAGGGGAAAUGUUCCGACGACGAAGAGUCGGAACCGUGGGUGAAAAAGUUCAUCCAACACGGCGGACUCAGGCAUCUGUUCGACAUCUUCAUGUCCGGCGUUCUUCAAUGCGACGGGGGCUACGGCAUCGACUGGCAACAGGACUGCCUGGCGUCUCUCUUGAAGAUCCUCUGCCAUCUGGGUGUCGACGCGCUCUCCCCGGAGAUGAGGCCUUCUCGAAUGGAAAAAAUCGUCAUCCCUAAUCUGAACGAAGCUCUGCUAGCUUUGAUCGAGGUGAAAUCGACGAUGACGCAGCUGACCAGCAUCCUCGAAGAGGCGUCCAUGCCAAAGGAUCCGAAUCAUUACAAGACGGGCUUCUGGGGUCGAUCGCAGGUGGUGCACUACGCCAUGGCGUUGCUCGUCUCCUGGUUACACUGCAGAGAGGAGGCGAGGGUCGAGUUAUUUCAGUCGCCGAAUUUCGCUGAUUGGCUGAGGAGAUUGGUUUUAGAGGAUCCGGAGCCAGCUGUUCGACGUGAGGUGUGCUCGGCAAUAUACAGGCUGUGUUUAGGCGUAAGCACUAGCGGUGAACCGAUGGAAAGCAGUUUAGUUGCUCCAUUGCUGUCUCAGUUGCUCUCGUACCUCGACAAGGCUGAGAGCAUGAGACCACAGAAAGUAGAGGCUUCGGAGGAGGGAAAAGAACCAUACGGGCCAGCUUGUCGAGACUAUUUUUGGCUUGUAUCUCGGCUGGUGGACAGUCUGCCCGACGAUCUGGUGAAGGAGAGUAUAGAAGAACCACAGAAUUGUGUGAUAGAUCUCAACGCGUUGACGGAGCAGAUUGCCAGAUCGGUGUUGUCCAGGGAAUAUCUGGAAACGCGCCAUCGCACGGUGGACGAUGACGGCCUGAUCGGCCUGCUGAACCUGCUCACCAACCUGCUGAAGCACCGGCCGCCGUUCCAGGCGGGCAAGGGCGGCCAAGAGCUCCUCGCGCAAGUGUUCGAUGCUCUGUUCGCGCUACCGACACCUCGGUUACGGCACGUGCCGAAGUGCAAGUCGCCGAGGUCGCGAACGGCCGCUUUCGAUCUGCUCGUGGAACUCGUCAAAGGAUCGCCCAGCAACUACGAGAUCCUGAGAGAGAAGCUGCUCCAGCAGCAUCAACCCGGUCCGCAUUCGCCGUAUCCUUGGGAUUAUUGGCCGCACGAGGACGGGAGGUCGGAGUGCGGAUAUGUCGGUCUGACCAACCUAGGCGCGACCUGUUACAUGGCUUCUUGCAUGCAACACCUGUACAUGAUGCCGCAGGCCAGGGCGUCCAUCCUGUCGGCGAACACGGAACGCGCGAAGCACGAGCCCACCUUGAAGGAACUUCAACGAAUGUUCGCGUAUCUGUUGGAAAGCGAACGGAAAGCGUACAACCCUCGCAGUUUCUGCAAGGUGUACACGAUGGACCAUCAACCUCUGAACACUGCCGAGCAGAAGGAUAUGGCCGAGUUCUUCAUCGAUCUGGUCAGCAAGCUCGAGGAGAUGACGCCGACGUUGAAGGAGGUCAUCAAGAAGCUGUUCUGCGGCGUGAUUAGUAAUAACGUCGUGUCGUUGGACUGCGAUCAUGUCAGCCGGACUUUGGAGGAGUUUUAUACGGUGAGAUGCCAGGUGGCUGACAUGAGGAAUCUGUACGAAUCCUUGGACGAAGUCACCGUGAAAGAUACGUUGGAAGGCGACAAUAUGUACACCUGUUCCCAGUGCGGCAAAAAAGUGCGGGCAGAGAAACGAGCGUGCUUCAAGAAAUUGCCGCACAUCUUGUGCUUCAACACGAUGCGGUAUACGUUCAACAUGUUGACCAUGCUCAAGGAGAAAGUCAACACGCAUUUCUCGUUUCCUUUGCGGUUGAACAUGGCUGGGUAUGUGGAGAAGCAGCUGAUGCCUCAGCAGUACCAGGAGGAGAAGCUAAAAGGCGGUGAAAGCGAGGAGGAAGUGGAGCAGUAUGAGUACGACCUGAUAGGGGUAACUGUGCACACCGGUACCGCCGACGGGGGACAUUACUACAGUUUCAUCAAGGACAGGACGGCAGGAUCCAGGGAUAAAUGGUUUCUGUUCAACGAUGCCGAAGUGAAACCGUUCGAUCCGAACCAAAUCGCGGCGGAGUGUUUUGGCGGCGAGAUGACGAGCAAAACGUACGACAGCGUCACGGACAAAUUCAUGGAUUUCAGCUUCGAAAAGACGAACAGCGCGUACAUGCUGUUCUACGAGCGGUGUCCCACGCUUACAUCGGACAAUUCGGAGAGCAGUUCUUCGUCCCUUGAAACGGGGGAGUGUUCGUCGCCGACGACGCCUGUCCAUGCGGUUGAGCUUAGCAAAGAGCUGGAAGACUGGAUCUGGCAGGACAACAUGCACUUCAUCCAGGACAAGAACAUAUUUGAGCACACGUAUUUCAACUUUAUGUGGCAGGUGUGCGGUUACAUCCCGCAAACGAUCUUCCCCACCGAUCCGGACGUGACUCAGAAGGCCGCCCAGCUGUCGACGUCUUUCUUUAUCGAAACGUUCAUCCACGCGAAAGAGAAACCCACCAUGGUGCAGUGGGUGGAGUUGGUCACCAAACAGUUCAACGCCUGCCAGGAGGCGUGCGUCUGGUUUCUGGACCAUAUGGCGCAAGACACCUGGUGGCCUGUACAGGUCCUACUUAAGUGCCCGAACCAAAUGGUGAGGCAGAUGUUCCAAAGGCUGUGCAUUCAUGUGAUACAGCGACUGAAGCAGUCGCAAGCUAGUUUAUACUUAGAUUUAGAAUCGACGGAGGCCGCCGCCGCGAGCAGUUCCGAGUCGAACGACAAGGAGGACAAGAAACAGACGGACGAGAAAAUCGGCAGCGCGUCGUGCGUCACGAAAUUCGUCAAAACUCUGCUGAGUCUCAUGGAACACGGCGCGAAGGCGCAUCUCAAGCAUCUGACGGAGUAUUUUGGGUUUUUGUACGAGUUCAGCAAGAUGGGCGAGGAGGAGUCCAAGUUUCUCUUGGCCAUAGGUGCAAUCAACACGAUGGUACAUUUCUACUUGGGUCAGAAAUCGAACGACUUCGUGGACGUCAGCGAAGGCGAGGAAGAAGAGGAGGUCGUCGCAUUACCGACGGACAAAUACAAACCGGCAUCGUUGGACAAAAUGGUCACUCUAGUCGCGUCGCUAGUGGAAAAAAGCCGCGAUCCGAACACGAAUAAGCUGCAACUGAGCGAGAAGGACUACGCCGCGGUGGCCGGCGGGAAGGGGUUCACCUUCCUGUAUCAGCAGAUCAAGGACAAUAUAAAUCUGCAACAGACCAAGAACCUGAUACACUCGUUGUGCAGGGGGAAUAACCAGUUGGCGCAGUCUAUUAUUUGCAUGAUCUCGCAGGCUAUCUCCAGGCAUUCUGAGAGCUGCCAACCGUUCUUCAAGAUCCUCACGCUCUUGACCGAAUCUCCGAACGCCCAAAGUGGCCCUAGCGCCUCCGCCCAACAGCCUUGUUUCACGCAGCUGGUGCUGCAAAAAGUUUGGGACGCCGCCGAGUGUUGCCCGUACUCUGCUUUGGAUUGGCUGGCGUUGCAGGUGGUCAGGAACAGAUUGGUGCACGCGUGGGUGCUCAAUUCGAUGGACUCGUGGCUGGAACACUUCCUCAUCGCGCACAAUAAUCAGCGAGUCAGAAAUACCGCCGGCUUCCUGUUGGUAUCGCUGGUUCCGAGUCCUUCGUUCCGCCAGGGUUUUCGAGCCACGCACCGUUUGAACAGGGAACCGCAGCUGUCUCAAGACGCCCAAGCGAUACUCCAUCAGAUCUACACGGCGCUGCUGCGUCUGUUGCCGGCCGCGAAGCAUUAUACGGACAUGGCCCAACACGGCACCAUGAAACUCACCACGUAUUUUGCUCUCAUGAUGUAUUGCUGCGUGACCAGGACCGAGAAACUGAUGUUUGGUCAGUAUUUCCAGCAGCUGUGGCACCUGUUUCAUCCGAAGCUGUCGGAGCCGUCAAUACCAGCAUAUCAUAACAAACAGGCGCUGCUAGCGUACUGGAACCACGUCUGCACCGAUUGCCCAGAGAAUGUUCAGCUUAUGCUACAGAACGCGUACGUCACGAAGAACAUAGCAUUUAACUACAUACUAGCUGAUCACGAUGACCAAGAGGUGGUGAUGUACAAUAGAGCGAUGUUGCCGGCGUACUACGGUCUGCUGAGGAUGAUGUGUCAACAGUCGAGAGCGUUCACGAGAAGCCUGGCGCAACAUCAAAACUUGCAGUGGGCAUUCAAAAAUAUCACGCCGCACCCGAACCAGUAUCCGCAGGCUGUCGAAGAACUGUUCAAGCUGAUGCAGCUGAUGGUGUUGAAACAUCCGGACGCGACCGAGGCAGAACAAAGGGAAAUCUAUAACUUUAGGAAAACUACGUUGAUGACUUAUAUACAGUGCCUCGAUGGCAGGACCAGUUGGGGCACUCUAAUUUCUGCAUUUAGGGUAUUAUUGGAGACGAGCGAUGAUAAAUUGUACGUUGUAUAUAAUGGAGGAUUGCAAAUUGUGUUCGAGUGUUUUCAAAACCUGCACGUGAUGCUACACGAGGCGACAGCGUGUCACGUUUUGGGCGAUAUGCUCGACAUUUUGACCAUCAUGCAAGAUUUGCUGCAGUGCGUUCGAAUGUUUAGAGACAGCAAAGACGCCAGGGGCAUCGUUCUGGCGACGAAAGACUGGCUAGAAGUGCUGAGGAAGCUGGCCACCUUGCUCAACACUUACAAUCCUCCCGAAAUGAGGACCCUGUGUAUAGAAGUACUGAAGGAACUGGUGGUGACGGUGGUGCCGGAAGCGAUGCAAUUGUUGGCGCCGCUGCUGACGCACUGCCAUGCUGCCGUGCAAGACGGCAGGGACGCGGCGCCCUUGGGACCCUACUUCCCUAGAAGGGGCUGUUCGGCCCCUUCGAUGGCCGCGGCGGCGGCGAAAGGGGCCGGCAGGCCGUUGAGGCCCAUGGUGCAGAUGGCGGUGCCGCAUGGACAACUCGAAUGUAGCAGGGGCGUGGAUCCCGAAUACGACUUAGCCUUAGAUAAGUUUUAUACUCCAUAUCAUGAUUUCAUCGACGUGAUGUUUAGAUUAGCUGUAAAUAAUGAUUCUGUUCCUGAAGUACUGAUAAAUUUAAGCGCCGUGUUGGGUUUCGAAGCGGUACCCUUACAUUCCACGUACUUCCCGAAACUAUGGCUGGACGUAUACAAAGCUCAGAAUAUCGAUAGGAAAUAUAUCAACCAGCUGACAUCUUGUAAUUAUUUCGUCGACUACGUGGAUGCAAUUUUGUUGGAUGAAAGGGCGGCGUUGACUGUUGACAUCAUCUAUGAAUUCCUCACUGUGUUCUUUCCAAAGGUAUCUUCCCACGUGCUCUCAGAACAAACCCUAACGAUGAUCGACAACACCGUGGUGUCUUUGAGCGAGCAAGUCGGUUCCUUGGACGUGUUGAAACUGGCUCGACGGCUGUCCGGGGAUCUGCGAGCCCUCAUCCUUGUGUACAAAAGCCCCGAGGCUGUGCCUCCGCCGCUACUCAAGACGACCUUGAAGCAGCUACAAACGAGGCUGAGAGCGGAAAAGGUCAAGCUGACACCCAAGGAAGAACCAGCGAAAAAAGGUAAUAGCGGCGGCACCGGUAAGAAGGAAUCGAGGCCGGAAGAUGAAGCUAGUUCAUCGUCGAAAAGCGAUGAUUGUGUAAAUAAGAAGCAAGAUUCCGCGAAAAGCGAUAGCGAUUCCGAGAUGCAGACCUCGCCAGCGAAGUCGGAAGAAGCUAAAGAACCGCCGUCUCCCGGUCCGCUGGACGACUUGGAGUUGUUGGACAAGACUAUAAACGAGCUUAUCGAGAUCGUUGAAAAGGAUCAUUGAUGAUGAAACCAAAGUCUGUGCUUUGUACAUUUUUUUACGUAAGCGUUCGGAGUUUAUUUGUAUCGGUUUUUCUAUAUAACUUAUUGUACAUUGAAGCUUUAAAAUGAUUAACUGAUGUUGAAGCUUAUUUGUAAGUCAGGGUUUUUGUAUAUCAUGUUAGUUGCAUAUUUCUUUCAAAUCUGAAAAUUUGCAAUAAAAAUAGAGGAUGUUGAUUUGCUUGUAAUGUUUGAUUUCUUCAAAAG